AUGGCACAGUUUGUCAUCGUGAAGUAUGACCUUGGUGCCUCUAUUCAAACGUGUGGGAGAAAGGCUUAUCCAUACAAUUGUAACAAAUGUACGAGAAAUUUCUUCACGGAGAGGUCGCUUAAGAUCCACGAGCGUGAGAUCCAUGAGCGCAAGAUCCUUGAGCAUAAGGUCCCCGAGCCUAAGAUCCGUGAGCGUAAGAUCGGCAAGCUUAAGAUCCGUGAGCCUAAGAUCCGCGUGCGUGAGAUCCACGAGGGUGAGAUUCACGAAAGUGAGAUCAACGAGGGUGAGAUCCAUGAGGGUGAGAUCCACGAGGGUGAGAUUCACGAGGGUGAGAUCCACGAGGGUGAGAUCCACGAGGGUGAGGUCCACGAGGGUGAGAUUCACGAGAGUUUGCCAGACAAGGAUGCUCCGGAAUUCAAAUGUGGCACGUGCGCAAAUACUUAUUCGAAUCUCCAAGGAUUGCAAGAUCACGUUUCGAGUUCCAGUCAUGAGGCUGCGAAUAUUUUCUAUGCUUGUAAAGUAUGUCACAAAAAAUGUCCAGGUCGUGCUGAACUUGAAGAACAUGGGGUGUCGCAUACCACCCAAGGCCAAAGGUCUCGACUGCUAAAGCAGCGUCUACGUGGAUUUUCUUGUCGUAAAUGUUCGAUGACGUGCUCGGACAUGUCGGAUCUCUUGUCCCAUAUCACUGCUGAGCAUGCCUUGGCAUUUAUUUGUCACAUUUGUGGGGAGAGGUUUAAGAAAAAUCAGGAGGUCGAGGCGCAUGUGACGUCGAAGCACAACAAAUAG